AUGGACACGUUGAAUAAGAUUUGUCUGCUCCUCAUUCUAUCCAUUUUUGUUUGUGUCAUCACUGGAAGUCCAAUAGGUACUUCAACCAUAAAUUGUCAAGCGGUGAUUCCUACUAUAAAUAUAGGUGAAGUCAAUGAAGGAUAUUCAGGGGAUGUGGAGAGGAUAGAUGGGAUCGUGCCAGGAACCAGUGUGAAGUUAGUGGACCAUAUCUUUAUUCCCCACCUUGAGUUUCUGGAGCUGAGUUUCACACCUGGGGACAACUUUGCAGUUGUUCGCACCAAGAAACCUCUAGAUGCAGAUGAUCCGAUGGCUAGUGCUACCACCCUGCAUUAUUCUGUCAUGUGUGAAGGUCCUAUUAAGUACAAUAACACUCGGACACUGAAAAUCCGUGAUCUCAAUGACAACGCUCCGAUAUUUGAAAAGAAACUGUACUCCAAAGAUGUCUCUGAGGCACUUAAUCUGAAUGCUGAGGUUAUUCGAGUGACAGCUGUGGAUACAGACGCCACCUCACAAAACAACAGAGUGACAUAUUCCAUUACACCAGCCACAGAAGACUUUGAAGUUACUGACUCAGGGGUGUUUAUGUUGAAAAGACGUUUGAACUACAACGCAGUCCAAAACUACCACUUUACUGUAACGGCCAAGGAUAACGGAGGAUUGAAUGACACAGCCUCGGUGGUGAUUAAUGUAGAGGACUUUGAUAACUUGAAUCCCUAUUUCAGCCACAGUCUGUACCGGGCCUUUAUUUCAGAGAACCAAGGAGGGUUUGUGGGAACAAUGAGGAUCAUCCCAGAGUCUGCUCCUUUCUCUAUCAGCUCUGAUGGGACAGUCAGAGUGAAAAACUCUACAGCUCUCGACCGAGAGACCACUGAAACAAUCACAUUUCAGGUAGAAGCAAGAGAGCAACAUGAACCCAACAAUGUUGCAACAGCACAAGUUACUGUGACUCUUCUGGAUGAAAACGACAACAUUCCUAAAUUCACCAGCGACGUGUACGAGGGAAAAGUGUUUGCAAAUCAAACAGAGGGAUUGUUGCUGGUCCAGGUUAGGGCAGAAGAUCCAGAUGUCGAUGUAAAUGGGCAGAUUACAUACUCUAUUGACUUUGGGAACAGUAAAGGACACUUCACAAUCGAUGAAAACACCGGAUUUAUUACACUAGCUAAAACCAUUCCCCUGCAGGAAAACCAGAUUUUGGAGUUCCCUCUCUAUGUAACAGCAAAAGAUGGUGGCGACAUACCUCGUUCCUCCUCAGCACAAGUGAAUAUUUUUGCUCCUGGUGAUUCAAAACCUCAGUUUUUACAAAAACUUUACCAUUUUAUCAUAGAGGAGGAGCAGGAGCCAGGAGUUGCAGUUCUUAAGGUUAACUUCCUUGCAAUACCUCCUGCUAUUCCUGAGUUUUUAGUUACAACAGAAGGUGACAAAUUCAAAAUCUCCAACAGUGGUGAAUUCACCACCAAGGUUAAGCUUGACCAUGACGAAGGCCCUCAAAACUACUCAGUAGAAAUUACCAUCACUGACGGAACAACCAGUGACAGCGCCGUGGUUGAGGUCCAAGUCACUGACAUCAAUGACAACAGUCCAGUUUUUGCCUCCAGCUCAGUCACCAAAUCUGUUCUGGAGGAUGCAGAGGUAGGAUUCAAUGUUACUGCAGUUCCAGCUACAGACAAAGACAGUGGCUUCAACAAGGAGAUCAGAUAUUCACUGAGAGGAGGAGAAGGGAGCUUUUCUAUUGAUCCUGUGUCUGGGAUGGUCAGUUUGGCCGGUGCACUUGACAGGGAGACCAAGGCAGAAUACAGCCUGCUGGUGGUGGCUGAAGAUCAGGGUCGUCCAGCCAGGUCAGCCACAGCCACUCUGACGGUACAAGUAUCUGACAUCAACGAUAACACACCAAAGUUCUCAGCGGCUGAGUAUCAGGUUGAAAUCUUAGAAACAGAGUCAGUGGGUGCAAGCUUGCUCACCUUAUCAGCUCUAGAUCCUGAUGAAAGUGUAAAUGGAAUAGUUACGUACAGCAUUUUCCAGCAAAGCCCUUCAUCAGACCCUGCUGUUUUUGAUUUGGAGUCGUCCACUGGGAUCCUGCGACUGGCCCAGCCUCUGGACUACAGUGAGGCAAAUAUGUAUACCCUAAAAGUUCAGGCCACUGAUGGGGGAACACCCUCUUUGAUUGGGAAUGGCUCAGUGGUGGUGAAGAUAAAGGACGUGAAUAAUAACCCACCUGAGUUCAGUAAGGAAAUCUAUCACAUACCCAUCUAUGAGAACCUGCCCGGUGGUGCAUCCAUCCUGGUGCUGGAAGUUACUGACAAGGAUGAGGGUGGAUUCUCCAAUGGCUACUUCCUUUACAACAAUGACACUUUUGAGAUCAAUAAGCAGGGUGUCGUCUCACUGAGAAGAGAUGUAGCCUUGGACAGAGAGACAAAAGACAGCUAUUUGUUACAGGUUGUCGCAGUGGAUCAGGUGACUGAUGGUCUGAGUUCCACGGCUCAGCUGAAUAUCACAAUCCUUGAUUACAAUGACAAUUCUCCACAAUUCCCAAGCAUUCCUGACCCACUGAUGAUCAUUGAAGGCGAUUACUCAGUGGAAAGCCCAGGAGAAAUUUUUACCAUCACACCCACAGACGCAGACCUUGGGCUAAAUGGAGAGGUCACCCUCUCCCUUAUCUCCCCCCACCCAGUCUUUAGAUUCAGAGAGGAUGGGACGUUGCUGGCUAUUGGUCCUUUGGAUCGGGAGAGCAGGGAAACACAUGACCUGACUGUGAAGGCUUUAGACAAAGGCAACCCUCCACGAGAGAACUUCACCUCGAUCAGAGUGAGCCUCGCUGACCUGAACGACAACAGCCCCGUUUUCAGUUCCAGCGACUACGUCAGCACCAUCCUGCUGAAAGAUGCAGAGGAAGGAAAGCUUCUGCUCACGCUGUCUGCUACUGACAGAGACACCGGGAACAAUUCUCUCGUCACCUACAGUUUCUCUGGAGAAGGUUCUCCAUACUUGGACCUAAACACCCAGACUGGGAAUGUGACUUUGACCUCGAAAUUUGCUGAUUUAACAGAAGAUACCGCACUGGUGCUGACAGCUGUGGCCACAGACCACGGCCAGCCCCCUUUGAGCACCACAGCGUUGCACAGAAAUUCUCUUCAAUGUUUCUUUCUGUCUCAGGUUAGAGUUCAGGUGAAGGAUGUGAACGAGUCGCCACAGUUUCCCCCAAAGGUUUAUAGUGCCUCCAUAUUCAGCAUCGCCCCCUAUAAAACUCCUGUCAUCCAAGUGAAGGCUUCAGAUCCUGAUGUUGGAGAUGUGGGGCAGCUGGUCUACAGUUUGACAGCAGAAAGUCCUUAUUUUGACAUUGACCCAUCCUCAGGUCUGGUCUAUGUGAUCUCAGCUACAGAACUGGCUGGACAGACAGCUAAACUGGAGGUGAAGGCCACUGAUCCCCACGAUCUUCAUGCUACCGCUGUAGUGGAGGUGAUGGUUCAGGCAAGUGCAAGCAGCUCCAACAUUGUGACCAUCUCACUUAAUCAGCCUGCUAACAUUGUGGAGAAGAAAGUUGAAGAUUUAUCGACGUCUUUGGGCAAAGUUCUGGGCUGGACUGUGAACAUCAUUCAGGUGUUCAGCGCCAACGAUGGAUCCACCGGCACCCGAAACCUGAGAGUUUCUGUGAGGACUUUGGUCCGCUUCUUUGUUGUAGAUGGAGGCCAGGUUGUUUCCUCUGAAGCAGUCAUAAAGAAACUGCAGAGCCAAUCAGAUGCUGUGAAUGCAGAGCUGUCUCAGUUGUUUGGGGAGGAG